UCCGGCGGCGGGACGAUGCCGGCAGCGGGCGCCAUGGGGAGCCGCGGGCAGGUUUUGAAGCUUUUUAAGUUGCUACAUAGAACACGGCAAGAAGUUUUUAAAAAUGAUACCAAGGCUCUGGAAGCUGCAAGGCAAAAGAUAAAUGAAGAAUUCAGAAAUAACCGAGACGAGACAUCUGAAGAGAAGAUUAAUGAGCUUCUUAAAAUAGCUUCAGAUGUUGAAGUGAUUCUCAGAACUUCUGUUAUUCAGGCGGUUCACACAGAUUCUGACAAAAUAGGUUACUUACAAAUAUGUUGAACAGUGACAUGUCAGCAAAAAUACCUGUAGAACUCCACGUUUGACGUCACUCAGUGGAUGACCUGAUCAUUUAUUGCUCACGUCUUACAGUUUUAACCAGUGACUUAUCUCUGCAAGACUUCUGUCAUAAUAAGGCUGUUGUUUUAUAAAAGCAUUGACUGAGGGACUUCUGGGAAUCCAAACAUGUUGUGGUAACCUCUGAAGCACCAUUCAGAGAACUCCAGCAGAGACAGUGAGGCAGAACUUCCUUUGCAAAAGCCAAGUGGUGUCACAUUCAAAUACUAGCUUAUAUUCUAAUGCUGUGCAAGUAUGUAGGGAUGGGGUUAGGACAGCCAGGUGUAUCAGCAACAGAAGGAGGAGGAGAGAAAACAUGGGCGUGCAGCUGAGUAGGAUGGGGACUCGGUAACGAGGACACAGAAUAGUCAGUUCUGUGACAAUAUUGUGGCAGUAACUUUCACUAGGUGCUUUCUUUUCCUGUUGGCCUUCAAAAUAGGUGUGACAAGGUAAAUAUUACAGAUUAAAUUCCAAGACUUGGGUGAGAGAGCUAAGUCAAAUCCAGUACUCAUUUUUGAAAUUGCUGAAGUAAGCAUAAUAUGACUCAGGCUUGAAAAAAAUGCCAUUCACCCCCCUGCUAAAAGUUACUGCAAAACUUAAUGGCUUCUUAAUAUCAAAAUUUUCAAUGCUUGUUAAAGGAGAUGGGAAGACAUUAUUGUAACCAGCCGAAAGUAAAAUCUUAGUAUGAUUUUGUCUUAGGUGGAUAUCAUGAUGCUACUUACCAGUUCAGAUCCUCAUUUUAGAUACCAGAUUUUUUGUUUGUAAAUGUAAAAAUGCCUUUAGAAUUUGAAAUAGUAUUUUCCAUAAGAUUAUAGUCUUACUGUUUUGAGGUUUUUUUUUUCUG